AUGGCGGACUCGCUUGCGCGGCUAGGCUCGAUGUUCGAGCAGGCCAAGGACCUCACCAUCGAAGCGGCGAUGCUGGCGUCAGCUCGGCUCCUGGAAACACCGCAAUCGUUGCGUCCCCAGGAGAUCUCCACCCUCCUCAAUUCUCGAAGUGACCGCGAUAUCGUCGCCGGGAUGAAGUGUGUGGUCCUGCUUAUAUCUCGAGGCGAAGACGGGCUCCCCUAUUUUGCUGAUGUGGUGAAGAACGUCACCACCCACAACCAACACAUCCGCAAUUUGGUGCUUGUGUACUUGACUCGGUAUGCCGAAGUGGAACCCGAUAUUGCCUUGCUAUCGAUCAACCUGAUCCAGAAACUGCUUAACGAUACUAACCCCAUCCAUCGCUCCCGUCUGAUUAGACUGCUUGCCGGUAUUCGCAUUGCUCUGAUCCUCCCUAUCCUUGUGCUUAGUAUCAAGAGAACGCUGUCAGAUCCGUCACCAGUGGUGCGUACAGCUUCCGCAGUGGCUAUUGGACAAAUAUACGUCGAUGAUGACCCGCUGGCACUGCAAUUGCUUGAGUUAUUGGCACGUUUACUUGCAGACUCGCUGACCCAAGUGGUGGCGGCAGCGGUGCGGACAUUCCACCAUAUCCAUCAUGAUAUCGACGAUGAUGGCUGGAGAUACAUCCACGGCAAUUUCAGACGGAUAUGUCGUCUUUUACCUCAAUUUGACGAGUGGACCCAAGUGGUGGCCAUUGAAUUGGGUACCGCAUACUGUCGCCGGUUUUUGCCUCAACCGACGCUCACAUUGGCUACGGGUGAAGUGAUCAACUUACCGCAAUAUUACCAUACUUUCAGUGACUAUACCGUCGACUUUGACCACGAUCUCCAGCUAUUUUUGCUGGCCUUGAAGCCGUUGGCUCAUACCAACUCUGAUGCUGUACUUUUGGCCGCUACACGCAGUUUGCUCAAUUUAGCUCCCCCUUCGACGUUAGUGAGCUACAAGUACCAUCUUGCUUUGACUCGAGCAGCGACGGCAGCGCAACUGUCGCAGUUUCAGUUCGUCGCGCUUGAGCUCAUUGCCCGCAUCUGUCGCCUCGACUACUCCGUGUUUUCUGAACGCUUCCGCUACUUCUUUGUGUUCCCCAACGAUAGCGACUCAGUCGCGAGUGCUAAGCUUGCGAUAUUGACGACAUUGUCGGCUAAUCCCAAUAUCAUCAAGUACAUCGUUGAGGAACUCAAACACUACGCCCUCCACUAUAACAACGACGUGGUAGCUGAUGCUUCCAUCAGAGCAUUGGGAAGCUGCUGCCAGGUGCUGGAGGAGUGGAAUAACCACAUCUUAGCGUGGGCGUUGCGUCAAGUACAACGCACCUCGGGAUCAUUACUCAACCAAUUGUUGAAUGUGGUGCGGCUUGCGUUACACCAUAAGAUGACGGUGGCUUCAGAAGAUCCUAAGGUGAAAUCAGAGAUUGUGCUGACCCUCUACAAAUUGCUGUUGCUCCUCCAAGGAGACAUGGAAGGUGAGGCUAAGGCGACGAUGAUUUGGAUGAUUGGCGACAUGACUGUAUACACCAAGAAUCAAAUUGGUCCCGAUGUGCUUCGCCAACAAAUUGCUACUUUUGCUGAUCAACUGGAAGAUGUUAGAUACCAACUUUUGAUGUUGGCGGCUAAGGUAUUCCUGUUUGAGUUGGACCGCCUCACCGAUGAGAUUGACGAUACUGAAGAGCUUCAACGACAAUUAGACGACAACCGCAUCCACAACAUGUUCAAGCACGUGCUCUACCUUGCCAAGUACGAUAACAGCUAUGACACCAGAGACCGGGCUCGAAUGAUUGAUGUCCUUCUCAAUCGCGGACCUCAGGAACUGAAGUUAGCGUCGUUAUUCUUACAAGUACCCAAGCCGUUCCCUGAAGCGGAUAUUGGUGCCAAAGGCGACCAGCAUGUUGACGAUUACAUCACUACUGUGCCUGACUGGGCUGACCCCGCUACGCUUCCUGACUCCUCCGUUCGUGAAGAGAUCCCCGUGGUGGAGAACCAAAUUACCAGUUUCGCUGGCCAAGGUGAUAAACGCAAACUGCCAUCUCCUGGACCGCUUACCGGGAUAUCUCUGGCCGAUGUGCGUCCUCCUCCAGCCCCCUUACCUCCUAUGGAUAAGGGUAACGGCAACCACACUGGGUAUAAGCUCCAGUCGCUUGACGAGUUCUUCGGCAGUGACGACGACGAAAGCGAGAGCGAAGAGGGAAGCAGUGAGGACAGUGGCCUCAGCAGCAGUGACGAGGAGGAGGACGAUGAAGAGGAUGAUGAUGACGAAGAAGAAGAAGAUGAUGAUGACAGUCACAGUUCGGACGAGUCGGAGCGUGGAGCGGUGGAUGCGCUUAGCUCCGACGACGACGACGACAGCGACGCCUCGGUGUAA